GCGGGUAGAGGGAAGUAAGAUGGCGGCCGUGAAGUGUAGAAAAUCGUGCGGGAGACAGUCCGGGCGGUUUCUCCGGCUCUCCUGGCCCCUCCUGGCCGCUCUGAUGCUCGUCUUACCGACGGUGGAGUCUCAGGAUGGACCUGCAGCGGCCAAGACGACACCAAGGCCAGCGAUCCCCGUUCUACCCACCGAGAAAGACUCGGAAAAGGCCGCGGAGGAGGAUCACAAGUUGGACAGCCUGAAUCUGAUGAUGUUUCUGUUCCUGUUGGUUUUGACCAUCCUCACGAUCUGGCUCUUCAAACAUCGGCGGUUCCGCUACCUGCACGAGACAGGCCUGGCUCUGCUGUACGGUCUGAUCGUCGGUGUGAUAAUUCGCUACACGAGUAACGAGGUCGUGCCGCAGCGGCCGGUGUCGCAGGUGGUUGCCGCGGGCAACAUCGAGGGGGACCCGCCCGGCAACAUCGUGCUGAACGUGAGCGCGGGAGAAUUCCUGUUCUCCAACCAGGGCCCGUACCAGGAGAACCAAGUCACGGUCAUCAACCCGGAGCUCAGCAAGGCGACCUUUGACCCAGAAAUAUUUUUCAACAUCCUGCUGCCGCCAAUCAUCUUCCACGCUGGCUACUCGCUCAAGAAGAGACAUUUUUUCCGGAAUAUCGGCGGGAUCCUGACGUACGCGUUCCUGGGAACGGCCGUGUCCACUUUCAUUGUGGGGUCAGUGAUGUACGCCUUUGUGCUGAUUGGUGCAGCUGCAGAUAUAGACUUCUCAUUCGUCGACUGCCUCUUCUUCGGCGCGGUCAUCUCGGCCACUGACCCCGUGACGGUGCUGGCAAUUUUCCACGACAUGCACGUGGACGUGGACCUGUACGCGCUCGUGUUCGGCGAGAGCGUCAUGAACGAUGCAGUCGCCAUCGUACUCUCAUCAACGGUGGAAGGCUACGGGAAGACGACCAAAGCGUUUGACGGCAUCGCCUUCCUGACGGCCUUCGGGAACUUCCUGGGAAUCUUUGCCGGGUCCUUCGGGAUAGGAGCUGUGAUGGGCUGUUUUACUGCUAUCCUCACCAAAUUCACCAAGAUCCGAGAACACCCCCUACUGGAGACCUGUAUGUUCUUCCUGAUGUCUUACAGCACUUUCCUUAUGGCGGAGGCUCUGGGCAUGACAGGUAUCGUGGCUGUUCUAUUCUGCGGCAUCACCCAGGCCCACUACACCUACAACAACCUGUCGGAGGAGUCCAAGGCUCGCACCAAGCAGCUGUUCGAGCUGCUGAACUUCCUGGCCGAGAACUUCAUUUUCUCGUACAUGGGUGUGUCUGUGUUUACCUUCCAGCACCACCAGUGGAAGGGAGGGUUCAUUUCAGCAGCUUUCCUUGCCAUUGGUCUAGGCAGGAUGUGUAACAUUUACCCUUUGACCCUGCUGCUAAACCUGGGCCGACACCAGAAAAUCAACUUCAACUUCCAGAACAUGAUGAUGUUUUCAGGGUUACGAGGGGCGGUGGCGUUCGCGCUGGCGAUCCGCAGCACGUCAGCGGGGGCGAGACAGCUGAUGUUCACCACCACACUCAUGAUCGUCAUGGUAACCGUGCUGUUCUGUGGCAGCCUGACCCUGCAGAUGCUGACCUGGCUCAAAAUCAGGGUCGGGGUGGACGAAGACCAGGAGAUUAGCCAACCGUUCGAGGCCGUCGACACGCACUCUCUGGACAGCAGCAUGCAUUCAGGCGCCGGAGGGAGCAGUAAGGAUAACGCGGUGGUAGUCUCAACUCCUCAGGGAGAUGCACAGAUAGACUCCAGAAGAAGAGGAAUGAGGUACGAGUCGGCCUGGCUCUUCAGAGUCUGGUACAACUUCGACCACAAUUACUUGAAGCCGACCCUGACACACGCAGGACCCCCCCUAACGGAGACCCUACCCCCCUGCUGCCUACCGCUGGCAAGAUGUCUCACAAGUACACAGGCUUACGAGAACCAGCACCAGAUCCAGGAGGACAGUGAUACGGACCUGAUUCUGGACGGCAGCGAGCUCUCGUACGGACGCGCAAAUUCCGGGAACGACCUCACGGCAACCGUGGUGACCACGCCUACCAACGCCACGCCCACUCUACCCAAGGCCCCAGCAGAAGAGGAUGGAGUAGAGGGUGACCUGGGCCUGGGCGACCACGAGCUUCGGACACGAGCGCGAGUCAUGAUGACGAUGAGCACAGGAGUACCCGGCAAGGACAGUAGCCAUGUAUGACCACCGGGUAUAUCGUACACGUAGGCUUACAGGUAGAACUUCUUAAACAUUAGAAAACGGAAAAUGCAUUUUUUGAGAACAAAAAAAAACAAACUAGGUUUUACUUGAGUACUGGAGUGCCAG